AUGUUUUUCAGGAUUUUAUUAACAUGCUGCUAUCUACCUGUUAUCAUAUCCUGUGAAAUAUCAAGAUAUUCAGCAAGACGAAACUGCCUCAGCGGUCAUAUGACGGACAGACAAUCAUGGGUCAAUGGAUUAGGAGCGUUGAGUGUUGCCCGCUCUGAAUACAACUACUCUCUAGACUUGUCUUACACCAAGAACCCUGUGCAGGUGUUGCACCAAUUGACGGACCACACGACCCAGAUCUACUAUCCCAUUAAAUACAUAAGCUUCGCGAACAGCGCUCUCACCGAAAUACCACCGAUAUAUCAGAUGAGCAUCGGUGGUGGUAGCUUUCUAUCAGAAACGGUAGAGUUUAUGAGUUUUUAUGGCAACAAUUUUGAUGAUGCCCAUGCUCCUAACACGGAAGUUGAGGAACUUUACUCUGCCACUGAAACAGCUCCAGUAAAUACGCCUAUCAGUCCUAAAAGUAAUGAAGCAGAUAACACGUGGUCAUCUAGCCUGAGACAGACUGAAUUCCCUAACCUUAAAGAAUUAGAUUUAAGAGCGUGCUCUAUAAAAUUUUUGCAUUCGUAUAUUUUUUCUGGAAUGCCAAAAUUAGAAGCUCUUUAUUUAGGAGAAAAUGAGAUCUUCUAUAUUCACCCCGAAGUAUUUAUAGGACAGCAUAACUUACUUCACCUGGAUUUGAGUAGUAACACUCCAACAGACCAAGAUGGACAACUACAGUCUUUGAAAACAGACUCAUUUUUAGCAUUUGAACACUUGGAUAAUUUAGAAUCACUGGAUCUAUCACACUCAAGCCUUAGUCCAGAUCACCGCGGCAUGAUUAUGGGGUUUAAGAAACUGAAGAGUCUGUCAAUAUGCAAUACAGGUUUAACAGACUUACAACCCAGAAUUUUCUCAGCAAUGCCAUUGGAAAUUCUUGACAUAUCAAACAAUCACGGUAUUUUGGCUAAAUCCAACAUUUUAGGAGAUUUAGAGAGUACACUCCGAAUAUUGUCCGCAAGUGGUACAGGUCUUAAAUACAUUGAUAUAUUUGAAAAUUUUAGUAAAUUAGAAAUUCUUCGAUUAUCUAGAAACGAAAUCGUUCAUAUACCACCCGAUGUUGUCUCAACUUUAACCAACUUACAAAUCUUAGACUUGAGUGUGAACAGGGUAAUCAGUUGGACAAACAGAACUUUUUCUUUGAUGCCAAACCUGAGGUUCCUCAGUUUGAGUGAGAAUAACAUAAAUGUGUUAUCACCUACAAUGAUACGAGACUUAAGUGGAGUUGACUUCAUAGGUUUGUCAAACAAUUUUAUUGUAUGUUACUGCGACGUAAGAGAGUUUUUCGAGAUGGCUGCAGCUAAUGAAAAUAAAUUGAAUGAUACAAAGAUCAAAGAGAUAAAUCCUGCAGAGCACUUAUAUCAUAGAGGUUAUUAUUUUUAUAACAGAAUCAUAUUUGAUAGGACACCAAUUGUGUUUAAAGGAAAAACGAAAAUAGAAAAAACUGGCAGAUUCCGUUUGAUAGAUUACGACAAGUCUGAUUUUAGGUGCUUGAAGGUUCCUGAUGGUAUUUUUAUAUCAAUUAUGAAUGUUCAAAACUGCUUUACUGUUAAAAGAGAUUCGAACAACAUGUCUAACAAUCUGGACGUUGGGAGAAAUGUUUUGUUUGUACUACUAAUUAUACCUUUUACGAUGAUUGCUGUAAUGCUGUUGCCACCUGUCAGAAGAUAUUUGGAUUAUUUAUUUAUAUCAAUGAAAAAUUCUGCCUUGUUGAGAUUUAUAAAGAAAAAGAAAAUUGUUGAUGAUGGGACCAUAUUCAAUUAUGACGUCUUCGUAUCAUACUGCAAUGAAGAUCGUGGCUGGGUGCUGGAUCAUCUGCUGCCUCAUAUGGAGGCUGAUUGCAGCAUCAGCGCCUGUCUACACGAGAGGGACUUUCAAGUAGGCCUGUCAAUUUUGGAGAACAUAGUGCUGUGCAUGGAUCGCUCAAGGUUCAUCAUGCUGGUGCUCUCGCAACGGUUCCUGAUCAGCCGCUGGUGUCAGUUCGAAAUGCAUUUGGCUCAGCAUAGGCUUCUGGAAACCCGUCGAGAAGACCUAAUACUAGUUCUCCUAGAAGACAUUCCACGUCGUGUGCGUCCAAACACGCUUCAUUACUUGAUGUUAACAAAAACCUACAUAGUAUGGCCGAAAGAAGAGUCAGAGAGAGUGCUCUUCUGGAAGAGAUUGAAAAAAAGUCUUCCGACUGACAAGAAUAAACUUACACAAAAUGUGUCUAUGGCUUAA